GUUGCAGAAAGAUCCCAAAUGUCGUUCUGCUACUGGAGCGUGAAUUGCACGCAGCCAUGCUGGGCAGUUGUCAAUCUGCUCCUUUUCUCCUUGCACGUAUUGAGCUGCUGGGCUGCGCUGUAACAUUGGCCCCUGUAGCAGGGAGGAUGCAGCUGCAGGAGCAGCAGAGUACAAAGAGAAAGCUUUCUGCAGCCUGGAGGGUUUGCCUCCCUCCCCCAUCUACAAGGUUUUUACAUCUGCUCCCAUAGUCACCAAAGACAGAAAGAUAUAGCAACCCACAACAAACCCACAGAGGCAGAGCUGCAAAGCUCUCCCCAGAAAGCUGACUUACGCUAAACCUCUCCACUCCUUCUCGUCACUCUGCAUCUGGGUCUGCUGUGACUGCUGCCUCCAGAUGAACUAGACCCAGCUGCCAGGACUGCUUUGGCCUGUAUGCACAGGCAUCUCUGGUUGCCUUUAGAGCUUUUGGAUUUUUGUCUUCUCAGUUAUAGAAUUGUUCUAAUUUGCUAAAAAAGAAGUCUGUCUGAAAAAGCCAGGAACACAGAACACCAUUCUUCUUUUUUUUCUUCCCUUGUCUCAUUUAGGGUAGUUGACUUCUUUAACGUUCAUUUUCAACAGCCUCUUUCAGCUUCCUGCCUCUGCUGUGUUUCCACCUUUGGAUGGAGCAGGAAUUGAACUAUGGCAUUUGGCAGAAGCCAGCUUUAACGUGGAAUUUAUCCUGAAUAAAAUACUUGCAGAAGAAAAAGAGCAGUGGGUCUGUACCAGCGGAAACUCCAAGGAGCUUUUCUCAGUGAUGCUUUCUGAUAACCAGCCAGGAGGACACCCAGACAGGGAGAUGGAAUUCUGCUGUUUCUCCUCUUGUUUUCGCUGUGCAGUUCUAGAUGUAUAGCAGCAGAAACGUCAUUUGACUGAUUGAAGAUUUAAAACCGACAGAGUCAUGUGGGAGAAAACGAAAUUUUAGUCUCAAGUGGUGGAAUCGAGUCAUAAGAAGUAAAGAGAUUUGGAUGGUUUCUCACUAAAUGGAAAUUAUAUAGAAGGCUUCUAAGACCACUGCAUCUCUCCGUCCAGCUCCUGCUGCACAGAGACCGCACUCUUGGCCUUGGAUGUUAAUAAAAUGCUGGAUUCAGUCAAGUGUGUUCUGGUGGGAGACUCUGCCGUUGGGAAAACAUCUCUCCUGGUACGUUUCACCUCUGAGACUUUUCCAGAUGACUACAGACCCACUGUAUAUGAAAAUACUGGAGUGGAUGUCUUCAUGGAUGGCGUACAGAUCAGCUUAGGUCUUUGGGACACAUCUGGCAGCGAUGCCUUUAAAGGCAUUCGCCCCCUCUCCUACCAACAGGCAGAUGUGGUAUUAAUGUGCUACUCGGUGGCAAACCAUAAUUCCUUUCUGAACCUCAGGAACAAAUGGAUCAGCGAGAUCCGCAGCCAUUUGCCCCGCAUCCCCGUUUUGGUGGUGGCCACUCAGACUGACCAGCGAGACAUGGGUCCCUACAGUUCCUCCUGCAUCAGCCCUAUAGAUGGAAAGCGGCUCGCCCAGGAUGUGCGAGCCAAAGGCUAUUUGGAGUGCUCUGCCCUCAGCAACAGGGGAGUGCAGCAGGUGUUUGAGUAUGCUGUGAGGACUGCAGUCAAUCAAGCCAAAAGGCAGAACAGGCGGAAGCUCUUCUCCAUUAAUGAGUGCAAGAUCUUUUGAGGACUGUCAGCAGUGGUUUUGCUCAUGUUUGUUCUUUCUGUUUUCUCACAAAGAUGCUGCAGCAGAGAGAAUGGGAGGUGAAUCAAAGAAGGGCUCCUGGCAGGACCACAGUGCAGGUGCCUCUUAUGAGACAGGUGUGCUCUUUAUCUGAGCCUCUUCCCUCCAAAACACAUCUGUGCUGUCUUGAAAAAUGAAAGGUGCAUACCCUUAUUCACAAGCCUGUGUUUGGACUUUGCAAGCCUGAACUGCAGCAGGUCUAGCCUGCAGAUCUGCAGAUAAGAGCAGUACUGAUUUUGGUUUUAUUUCUGUCAAUGUUCCUCAGUUUUUUGUUUGUCUGCAUCUGCAUCUGCAUUUAUUUAAUGACAAAAUUCUGCCUGGAACAGCCCCCACCUCUGUCCUCGUGGAUAUUUUUUUAUUUUACUUAAGAAUGUAGUAUAUAAAACAUGAGCAAUGUGUAUUUUAUUUAGAGGACUCUUGGAUAUGUUGUUGAAAAUCACAAAAGUUAGUUUUAACAUUUUGAUGGUUCUCCCUUUAGCUAACUACAGAAAUGAACUGUCCUAUCCAUGUAAUAAAUGCCUUGCAGGCAGGCCUUGGACUUGCCUGAGUCAUUGCAUAAUGGUCAUCAGUAUGUCCAGCAUAGGAGUAAUCAAAACUUAGUGACAUUUGACAGCUGUCUCCUGCAGUUAUGUGAGAUUUGUUACCUUAAUAUUGUUUCUCAACAAUGUGGUCAAAGGUGGGCAACUAAUCUGAUUCUUCCUAGACUUCACUGGCUUACAACCUCAGGGCUUGUAGACAGGGUUGGUUUAGACAUAUGGUUGGUCUGGUAGGGAUGAAUCUGUGUUACCAUCAGCUCUGUUGUCCCUGCUGUAAUUCUGGAGGCAAAAGAUUUCAGUCUCCAGAGAUGGAAGAUAUUUUUUCAGGAGCACUAAUAUUCUCAUAUAUUUUUAGUACACUCUGUUUCAAAGCAGUGGUUUUAGUGGAACCAGUCACCAACAUUAGUAAAAGAUUGAGUACAAAGCAAGGUUGACUUUAGAAUGACUAAAGGACAUUUUUUUGAGUUUGCAUGCUAAGUAUAAUUGUCUAAGUUGUAUUCAAUUAAGACUGAAACAGGCUUUACAUCCUGGGGAGCCUGUCAAGUCCAGGAGCCAAAUCCUUAUGGAUGUACUGGGGCCAAGUUACCCUCCUACACAGAAAGGCAGGCUAAGGAAAUGGAAACUUCAGGUGUGUAAGAGAACUCUGCUAGAAGAUGAAGUGGGCUCAAUCCACAAUGCUGUGCAUUCCUUGUGAAUUGUGGUGGUCCCCUCCUCCUCAUAUCUGUCUCCUCUGUGCUGCACCCCCUCUCAGGUUUUGCAGAUCUGUCUCAUCCCAAGAGAAUUUCUUAUUACUGCAGCAAGAUUUUCUUUGUCUCUUUUCCUGUCCUUCAUCUAGCUAGGAACUAACCUUUGAGGGACUUUUAGCAUGGUGCCAUAAAAGGUAGGAUUAUCUCACCUGUGAUGUAGGUAAACAAGUAUUUACACUGUAGGCACCUUGAUUACCAGUGGGACACAGAACACCCAGUGUUAUGAUUGUCCCACCAGCUUCUAGACUGUUGAAUAUUUACCUCUCAUCAACCUGAUUGUAAGGGAAACUUCUGAUCAUAAAAACAUCCCGGUCUCAUCUGAGGUUUUUAUAUAAUCUUUAAAUCUUUACAAACUUCUGCACCUGAGCACACAAGACACGGACUUCUGUCACCAGCCAUCUUCCCUGAAUUCUUCUCUUUCCUACUUCUCUUUCUUCUCAAGUGUUAAUUCGUUACUGAAACACUAAAACUGACAUAUUGGUAAAAGAAUCUGAAUGGCAUUGUACUUGUGUAGAGUUAUGCAAGUGGCCAAGUGUUUGUGGUCCUCGGUUAAAAAUCUUUUGGCUUUUGGGAGAAAUAUUCUACAUGUCAACUCUUGCAACACCUCUCCACUGGAAGUCUAAGUUUUGUAACUCUAAUUAAAAGUAGCCAUUGUUACAGUUUGAACAUUAAAGAUUGCAUGAAAAAUGCUGUCUUUUUCUUUCCUCAGUGGGUUAAAGUCUGUUUACAACAGUUCAUGCAGUUUUUAUGUGCUGAAGAGCAGUAAUCACCAGGUGACAAUGCUGUGUUGUGGUAUCUACCGCAAAGUGCCACAUUCGGGCACCAGAAGGCUCCACAGAAUUGUUAUCACAGAUGAACCCAGACAAAAUGUAACCGAAAAUCUCAUCUCAUCUCAUCUGUAUUAGCUUCACAAAACUUGUUAUGGUGUGUUGCAAAACACACCAUAAGAAAUUGAUGUCUGUUGCAAUUCAGUGAAGCCAGGUGGAUAGGCUUCUCUGAGAUGUCUGAACUGACAAUACAGGGUACACAGAAAAUGUAGGGAUGGCUUGAUAUACUCUUGAUUGUGCAUUCUAAAGCUAGUGCAAAGUGUGAGGCCACUGGAAGCCAGCUGAUUUUUAAAAUCAAUUUGGAAAGAAUAUAAAGUAAUGGGGAUUUUGAUUUCCUGCUCUGUGGAAAAAACAGUUCAAAUUUUCACAGUCUGGUGGUUUUUAGACUCUCAAAGCUAAAAGGCACUUUUCAUCGGGAACAAGCUGUGAAGCACAUAUAUUUUAGUGCCUGUAAUUAUGCGGCUUUCCCUGAUCCAUAGAACCGACCUGCUCAAAGAGUGUGGCAGCCCCAAAAAGAGGUUGAAAUCUAGACACAGCAGAACUCAGCUGAAGAUUUGGCUGAGUGGUAUAGUGGGGUUUGCUGCUUGCACAACUGCAGCCCUGUUCUCUGUGGUGGGAACACCAAGGGACUGCUGAGGUCUGCUGUGAAACCCUUCCAGGGUGGUUUUGCUUGUGUUUACUUGGGUAACGGCUCCCUGGGUACUGUUUAGAGGUUAAAAUCUGGGUCUGGUAUUUAAAAUACAGUAAAAUGACACAUGUGGAUUUUCAAUUUAUUUUGCUCUGAAAAACAGCAAAACAGAAAAAAUGUGCAGCCCUGCCUCAGCUGAGUCAAGCUUUCAGCUGACAGAACAGACCUUGCCCAAAUAUUCUCCUUCUGUUUUCUCAAACAGAUCCCUUUCCAUUUGAUGUUCUGUUGCUAAUCUUCUUUUUGCUUGUUAUUAAAACAGGUUAAAAUUUUAUUUUAAAAAAUUAUUUUGAAUACAGAUUUCCCAGGCUUUUAAACUUACUUGAUAUGCAGAACACAAUAGAAAUAUUUUCUACAAGUAAAUAGUAAAAAUAUGUUUCAAAUCAUCACUCUUGCCCCUCCCCAAUUUUUCAUGCAGAAAAUUAUUCAUGCUUGGUAGAUAUAAUUGAUACUGUUUUGCCUGAUAUUUGCAUUUAAGAGUUUGCAAAUUUUUGUGCAAUUUUUGUGGGUACUCUGUGUUUACUGUGAACACAGUAAAGUCUGUGAACACAAACUAGCUGAUACUUGUGUUAAUAAAGCAAAUGUGUUUAAGGGACUCUAUAUAUGGCACCAUUAUAAAAGAAAUCACCAGAGGGAUCAGACAUGAAGGAAAAAGAAAUGUCAGCACUCUUUACAUCUCAGCCUUUCCUGUAUUACUAUAGCAUUUGAGUGAAUGCAGCCAUUAAAAUAAUUUCCAAUAAAUGGGGCAACCCAUGUCUUUUUAGCACUUUAUCCUAGUGCUUUGGUUGCACACAGCUCAAGUUAAUAUAAAAGGAAUAAAAAGCUUCAUUUCAGAGCAUCAGAAUGCUUGUCUGCUCUUGCCUUUGUGAGCAAGUCAACUGCCUUAACUUAAUUACAAGUCAGUUCAGCUUCUUAAACAAGCCAGAUAUGACCACAAUGGGAUUAGCCAAACUACCUUGCUCUGAAAUGACAAUAAUAAAUUUAUGUCCCUGAAUAUGAGGAAAUGUAUUUUAUGUCUCAGAGAUUUCCUUCACAAUGGUAAGAGCUGACCAGUUAUCAUCAUGUACCUCUCGUAGCAGACCUGUGUGCCUUUCACCUUGUGCUCUGAGCAGCCAGUUAUUAAAAAUAAAAUUCAGGGAAAAAACAA